AAGGCGCCGGACCGUCAGAAGAAGCACAUGCUGCCAACUGCCUUGACUGGAUAAAGCUUUCUUCUGAGGAGUUUAAAAAAAAAAUCAACAGCUUCAAUGAUGCAAAAACAGUCAGUGCUGGUCUUUGCAGUAGUUUUGACACUGCUGCUCACCCCACUGGAGAGCACUGACUCCGGGACAUUUCAAGGCGCUUUUCCACAUCCAAACAAAUACAACCCGAAUGAAUCGGAGAGAUGUCUACAGCCGCCCAUCAGUGGACUCCUUUCCCGCGGGACGGGACCUCCAGCCUCAAACGACGAAGUGCUGGAGUCCAGCCAGGAGGCGCUGCAUGUCACGGAGCGUCGGUACCUGCGGCUGGACUGGUGCAAGACGCAGCCGCUGAAGCAGACCAUCCGGGAGGAGGGCUGCCUGAGCCGCACCAUCAUCAACCGGUUCUGCUACGGACAGUGCAACUCCUUCUACAUCCCGAGGCACAUGUACCAGGACGGGAACGCCUUUCAAUCCUGCUCUGCCUGCAAACCCAAAACCUUUAGCACCGUCACUUACACGCUGUUCUGCCCGGGACAGACGCCCAGCACGAGGAAGAAACGGGUCCAGCGCGUAAAGCAGUGCCGCUGCACGACUAUAGAUACGGAUUAGACCCUAAACUAAGACAUGCUGGCGGAAAAUAAAAAGGGACAACAAUCUAUUGCUUAGAGGACAUAUAAGAACACAGUGGAAGUGUGAGGAACGUGCCUGCGCCUUUUUUUCAUUUUGAAAACAGAAGAUACUCAACAAUUUAUCACUAAAUAUGCUGAAAGACAUCUGAAAUAAGUAGUUGAUUGAGGUGCCAUGUUCCCUUUAAGGUGACAGUUUGACCCACAUUAAGAACAUAUGGCACUGACCCAUCACCCUGCCAGUUAUCAGUCUCUGCUUCCACAUAGUUUUUGUGUGCUUUAAGGGAUUUGAAAUAUUUGUUGGCACAUGGUUUUAGAUGCAGAUACCAAAGAUCAGAACUGUUUACUUUGAGUGCCAAUGAGACUGAGUUUAAGCUAAAUGCAGGGUGGUUUGCAACAGUUCAUAAUAACAUAUUUGUUGCAGACAUGCAGGAUAAUGGAUGUGAAAGACUUAAGAAAUGUAAGAGAACGCAUCUUCCAAGGUUGUUUCCACUGUGUGGGAUGUAAAGCUGAAGGCUUUGGGAAUAUUACUAUUUUUUUUUAACAACCUGCACUGCGAAAUGCUACUUGAUUAUAUGACUGUGUAUAAUUUGUAUAUCAUGUCUUGUAAUGUUGCAUGUAAAUAAAACAUCAUUCAAGCUA